AUGCGUUUUUUUUCGUCGAAGAAAGCGCCCGAAUCGUCGCUUAAUAUCAAGUCUCCUCUUUCCCCUCGUUUUGGUCGCACCACCGAACAUUCCUCGUUUAAACUUUAUUGUUGGAAACUUUCCUUUGAGAUUUUUGAGCCGAAGUUUUCGGCGGACGUUGAUGUUGAGCUUGAGCGUGAGGUUAGAGGUAUUUUCUCUGGGUUUUUGGUUUACGUUUCGGGAUUGGAAUUGAGAUGGGAAUUGGAAUUGAUGGCGACGUUUGCGGAGGCAGGGAAUGUGCAUUUUGGUAUUGGAGUAGGGGUUUGA